AUGGAUGGGAGUAUCCUGGAAUCAAUCGGAGUGGAAAUCAUCGGCGUAAUGUCUCCGGUCUCAAUUUGCAUGCUCCUAGUUGUCCUUAUAGUCUACUCUCUCACAUCCUUCUCCUCUUCGUCUGGCGAGCCCAUCCGUACCGCUGCUAAUCUCGUCUACCUCGAAACGCCGACGGAUUCUACAUCCGAGAAGAUCGAAGGCUCACUACUCAAUGCUCUUGUCUUUGUCAUCCUCAUCGCCGCUGUAACUUUCCUUCUUGUUCUCCUUUAUUACUACAACUUUACCAAUUUCCUCAAGAACUACAUGCGUUUCUCGGCCUUCUUUGUGCUUGGUGUCAUGGGCGGUUCCAUCUUCAUCUCCAUUAUUCGACAGUUCUCGAUUCCGAUUGAUGCCAUCACGUGUCUCAUUUUGCUUUUCAAUUUCACAGUCGUGGGAGUUCUCUCGAUUUUCGCUGAGGGUAUACCGAUACCGAUAUUGUUGAGGCAGGUUUAUAUGGUCCUUCUGGGUAUAAUUGUGGCUGCGUGGUUUACUAAUCUGCCAGAAUGGACCACUUGGACUCUGCUUGUAGCAUUGGCUCUCUACGAUUUAGUUGCGGUUUUGGCCCCUGGUGGACCUCUUAAGAUCUUGGUUGAAUUGGCAUCUAGCAGAGAUGAUGAACUUCCUGCUCUGGUUUACGAGGCUCGACCAACAGUUUCUCGGAACCCUAGAGGGUCUGGUUUUGGGCUUUUGGUUGGCGGGGUCUCUUCUGAGUCAGUGGAGGUUGAGAUGACCCGGCAUAAUCCUAGUGAUUCCAGGAACGGUGGUGAUUCCGAUGAGACGAUGGAGGAGACUUCCCCAUUGGUUCCAAGCCUAAGAGAUAGGAUGAGGUCUAGUUCAAGUGGCAGUAGUGAGUUUUCUUCUAUUGAUCGCAUCCAUCAAACUGGAACUGAUAUCAUUGAAGACGAAGAAGUGGAUUUGUCGCCACUUGGUGCGAUUCUGGGCAUGGGGGGGGAUGAAUCUAGAAGAGGCAGGGAGAUUAUUGAUGAGGAGGAGACUAGUAGAGGCAUAAAACUUGGGCUAGGUGACUUUGUUUUUUAUAGUGUUCUUGUGGGUAGAGCUGCAAUGUAUGAUUUGAUGACAGUGUAUGCUUGUUACCUUGCUAUUAUAUCUGGAUUGGGGUGCACUCUUAUACUGUUAUCAGUUUUUCGUCAGGCUUUGCCAGCUCUCCCGAUUUCUAUAGCACUGGGCAUCAUGUUCUACUUCUUGACCCGGUUAUUAAUGGAACCCUUUGUGGUUGGGACAUCCACAAAUUUAAUGAUGUUUUGA